UAUUAACCCAGUUUGCCUGCAUCAUGUGUUAUAUUGUUUCCCAGCCUGGGGUCCUAUGGGGGGCACCUAAGGUCUCAGGGAUAGCCAAGGCUCUGUCCGCUCUGAGGUUGUCAAAAUUGGAUUUGCACACAUUUAAUUAAAUUAUGUUAAAACAAUACUGGUAAAUGUGUACAAAUGUAUUUUGGUAAGAAAAAGUGUGUUGAUUUUAUCAAUGAAAACUAUUGAAAUGUAUGUUAAUAUUUGAAAGCAAUAUAUAUCUCUUUUUCCUUGCAUGUCCUGAAGGGGCUCAGCUUUGAUACAAGUAGGUGGGGGGGGCUCCAAGGAAAAAGGUUGGGAACCAUUGUGUUCAAUGGUCAUACCAAUGUGUUUUGUUAGUCACCUUUUUUUCUUACAGACAUGAACAGCAACAGAAAGAAGUUGUCAAUGAAGUGGCUACGAAAAGCAGUCACCUCACCAGCACACCUUCAAGGGAGAGAUGCUGGCCCAGUCACACCCUCUGGCUGUAAUAUGUCACCAAUUGAAGAUUCUAAAACUUUGCCCCUCAAUGAUUCUCCAGGACCUGACGGAGUUGGAGAACUGAGUUUGUACACCCCAAAGAGAAAAGCCAGGGACCUCACUGACAGCGAGCCCUCCAUUGGCAAAGUUAAGCUGAGGAAGCUUUCCAGGAGAAAUUUUGAAAACUUCAUGACCUCAUCGGAAAAUCCAAUGGACAACUCAUCUGAGCAGCUGGAAUCCGCACCACAUUCUUUCAUCUUGAAAAAAAAAGAGAGGACACCUGAGGAGGGAUCAAAGGCUAUAUACAGUAACGCAUUGAUUGCAGACAUUGGCAGCACAAUGACAAGACACAGCACUACAAAUAUCCCCAGGACUGACACUAAGAGCCUGUCUUUGCCAUUUGAAUCUUCACCAGAGACGACUGAGGAGACUGUUGACUGUUCCCCAAUCAAAUCUGAUGAUAGAUAUGAGGACAAGCGCGCUCUCCAGGGAGGUCAGUGGUAUUUUCGUGGAGGGCGUGAGGGUAGAGGAGCCCAAGAUGACAGCUCAGAGCCUAAAACAGCCACAAGAAACUUCAUGCUGAAAGAAGAAGAUUCACCCAGGACACCUGUUGCUUUGGGUUCUGUGUUCGGAGAGACAACAUCUCAAGAUGAAAUCCCCUGUUCUGCAAUCUACUCAAAUAGGAGAUCAUUGAACACUUACUUGAAGACUAACCCAUCCAAACGCAGGCAGUCAGAUUAUGGCACUUACACGCGUAACCCCACUAACUCCCUUACUCAUGGGGAUACCCCCAGAAGAUUAUCCUUGGGGGCAGAACCUAGCCACCCCUACCUGGACGAUCAGGUUGGUUUUAUAGACACUCACUGCCACAUAGACAUGCUUUAUGGAAAACUUGGCUUCUCUGGGACAUUCAGCAGAUUUCGAAGGCUGUAUCACACCAGCUUUCCUCCAGAGUUUAAGGGCUGUAUUGCUAAUUUCUGCAACCCAGGGAUCAUGGUGAAGCAGGCCCUGUGGGAAGGUUUGCUGGCUGAAGACAAGAUAUGGGGGGCAUUUGGAUGCCACCCCCACUUUGCCAAAUAUUACUCGAGUGUCCAUGAACGCAAUAUACUGAUGGCGAUGCGGCACCCGAAAGCAGUGGCAUUUGGUGAAAUGGGUCUUGACUACUCCCACAAAAACUCCACUCAUUGCUCCAGGCAAAAAGAGGUGUUUGAACGUCAACUGCAUUUAGCUGUGGCCAUGCAGAAGCCUCUGGUGAUCCACUGUAGGGACGCGGAUGAUGACCUGCUGGAAAUCAUGAAGAAAUGUGUCCCAAGGGAUUAUAAAAUACACAGGCACUGUUUCACAAACAGUUAUCCAGUGAUUGAGCCCUUCCUGACAGAGUUCCCCAACCUGUAUGUGGGCUUCACAGCCCUGAUCACCUACGCCAAUGCCAAGGAGGCCCGUGAGGCUGUCCGCCAGAUACCUCUGAACCGCAUUUUGUUGGAGACAGACGCACCAUAUUUCCUGCCCAGGGGGGUUAGUAAAGGUGUCUGUCCGUUCUCACAUCCUGGAAUGGGCAUCCAUACUCUGCAAGAGCUGAGCCUACUGAAGCAGGAAGACAUGUCAACAGUCAUCGCCACCAUCCGAGACAACACCACUCAUGUCUACGGCAUAUGAACUCCAUGGAUAAUGGAUGUUAGCAAGCAACAUUGAUCAGACAGAAUCGGUGUGCUUGGAGCAGACACGUCAUGUGACUUUUUGUUCAAGAUUUACCACCUCCACAUCGAGUUGUCAGAAUGUGGAGGACAUGUCUUAUUUAGAAGAACCAGGAAGAGUUGUUCAUUUAACUUGUACAGAAGGAAAGUGGGGGAAACAAGACUGAAACAAAAAUAUCUUUUGAUUAUACUAUUUGUAUAUGUCAUUGUUUCUCUGAUAUAUUUUGUGUUAUUGUUCAUCACUUAUUUGAUUCCUUAGCAUUCUGUAUUGUGAGUUGCUGUUCUUGCUGUGUUGUAAUGUAACAUCCCUGUCCUUGUUCUAAUUUGGAUGUUUGUGUUUUGCUGAAGCUGUUACGUCUGGUAAAGCGUGAUAAA